AAAAUAUAGUUUCAAAGCGUUUGAAAGUACGAUCAGAACCAAUUAGUCUGUCCGAAAAUGCGGUGGUCGAGUUACCUUCUCGUCGCCUACAUGCUGCAUAUCGCUGCCAGCGUCAAAGUAAAGGUGGUCAUGCAUUCCGAUUCCCAAGAAGACUCACGGAUCGAGGAGGAAUACCCUACAACAGACAACUGGGAAAAGAGACACACCACCAUGCUUCCCUACAUUAAGAAACACUCAAAACACAACAGACGGGAGAAAGAGUACGAGGACAGAAGAGAAGUAAAACCUACCACUGAUAAGGCGGUCACCCCUCUCCAUCCAAACGCUGUGCUUUUCUCUUUAAUCUACAAGCAGAUCAAUAUAAACAGCAUGUUCAUGUUCGAACAGACUUGGUACACUUGGUCGACGGAGAGUCGUAAUGAUGGCUCGAAAAACGUCAUUUAUUACAUCUGUUAUAAAGAGCCUAAGCAUUGUGACGAAAUUGGUUGGGAACGUACCGACUCGCUGCCCCGAUGCGCGUUCGAGAUCGAUUCUCUGCUGCCCGACGACCGUGCCUGCAUCAACCCAUUCGGCGUGGAGCCGCACAACUCCAUCGGGUGUGACGGUGGCGAACAAAUCAAGGUGAAAGAAAUCGUCCGAGCGUGCGGACCGCGGAUCCGGUCGCUGUGGCGUUUCGUGCGCGUCGGCGCGCGCCCCACCGACGUACCCAAGCCUGCCGACGUCAACUCGCUUGUGUGCGAGGACGAGGACGAAUGCCUCGUAAACGUCGAGUACAGGAUUCAUCACGAUCGCAUCACGUUCGCGUUAUACGAGCCAAGUCGAGGCCAGACGUUCAAGAGCGCCCUAAAGCGAGACCUCCCCGACUACGACGGCAAAACGACCACAGCUGCCUCCCACCAUCACCACCACCAAACCAAGAAAGUAGAAGAACACAAACCAACCCAUCCAAGAAACAAGUACCACGUCAAGGCCAGGCCGAAAAUCGAAGGCAAAGGUCUCGAAAAAGAGAAAAAUGACUCAGGAUACGGGAGCAGGCGAUCGACUAAGAAUAAAAUAAAAAUUAGAGAAGAGGACUCUCAAGAUAUAUCGGACAACUAAAAGCAGGUAAUAAAUAAUUCUUUUAUAUGUCUCAAAAUAGUACUGUACCUUGUACACUUAAUUGUAUGUUGUAUGUUCAGAAAUUAACCCUUUACCAAGCGAAGGGAUAUAUUCCUCCCACAUCUUAUAUCGGUUACCGUAGUCAGGUUUUAACUCCAAACCUCCUACAAAAUAUUUUGUCAAUCCCUGAAAAUAGUAUUUUAUGAUCUUCAUUCACAACACGCUUCUAAAUAGCGUAAUAUAUCUUUGGCAGCCGUUUAAAUUCACUUGAACUCUAAUUUCAGUAAACUACGGAGAAAUUCGAACACUUUCCUUAAUUUCUAUGAAACAGAAGUACCUACAUACAGGUCAAACAUUUUUUUGAUAUUUUGUAGAUUUUGAGUGUUGAAAGCUUAAUGUAAUCGUAAACAUUGCUAAAUAUUCAUGCAUUAUUGUGUAUGACCAGAAUUAGGAUGCGGGUUGACAUUAUCCUAUGGCCUUAUUAGUGUUUAACUGUGCGGGAGCUAUUCUUCCCAUGGCCCGGUAAAUUGUCUUGUCAUGUCAUAAAAACUCACGUAAGUAAUAAAGCUGUUUUUGUGUUCAACCUAGAGCGAUUCAGUGAUUGAUAUAAUGUUUCGUAGUAGAUUUGGAGUUAAACCUUGACUAUGAUAACCGAUAUAAGAUGUGGGAGGAAUAUAUCCCUUAGCCUGAUCAAGAAUAUAAUAAGACAAAAUCGAGUAUGACAUUUAAUUACUUAGACAGGCGAUGGGAUAACCGUAACCCACAUUUUUAUUUCUGGUUUAAAGGAACAUCUCCGACUUUCGUAAAUACAUUUUUUACAAGGCGUUCAAUACGGUUGUAACAGUAUUAGGGCUUGCAAUUCGAAUAUUCGAAUAUUCGAAUAUGUCGAAUAUUCGACCUGUUUUGAUAUUCGAAUAUUCGGCCGCUCAGGUUUCGAAUAUUCGAAUAUUUUUUAUUACUAAGGUAAAAUCUAUUUUCAUCCGUUAUAGUUACAGUUUCUGUGUAUUUUGCCGGGUAUUAACAGUGAAUGAGGAACCGUAGGUACCCAAAUGCGAAGGAAAUAAUGUUUUUACUGUAUUCCUCUCAAUAGGCUUCGUGAAUACAGUUAAACCUAACAACCUAACUCAAUUUCAAAGGAAACGAAAUCAAAAAGUAUGUUUUAUUACGGUGCGGCUAAUGCUUUUUCUAGGUACAAGUAACUUUACGUAAGUUUUAAGAUAAAGGGUCAUUUUGUUUAUUGAGUAAAAGCGUACCUUAAGCGAAUAUUCGAAGUCUAAACCUUGCCCUUUAUCGCAAUUCACAAAUUUGAUCAUACCAAACCUACCGAACUAGGUAAUCUAACCAUGCACCUUUAGCUAACGAAUGAUCCACCCCGUAGUCAGCCAACUUUUUCCCUUAAAUAUUCCAAUACCAAUUAUAUAACUUAUUAUAUAACAGCCGACCAUUAGGAAUCAAAACUAAACUUGCCAAGACUAAUAAAGUCAAUAAAGAUUCAAAAUACAAUGGAAUUAAAGGCCAUUUUACAGGCUUCUUAACGACAAGAAGUUAAUUUAAAUCAGAAAAUGAUUAGUGAUUACCUACUAAAAUGUUUUCUCUCUUACAUACGUGUUUGGAUGGUUAAAGUUAUAUUAAUUCACGCAACGACGCAUUUAUAAUAAAAAGUUUUAUCAAGAAAUAUUGAAAAUGUCUAAUUUUUGCGUUUUAGGUACUUACUUGCUUUUAUAAACGUGGGUAUUUCAGAGUAGGAUGAUAAAAUCUAGUCAAUAAGUGGAUUUCUGCAAAAUAUCAUUAAUUUUAGCAAUAUGUGAAAAAAGCUUUUGAAUAAAACGAUAAUAAACCGAUUUUUCGUUCCUUUUCUUAUUUUUUUUAAAUAUUCGAAUAAUUAUUCGAAUAUUCGAAUAUCUCGUCAGAAAAAGUCGAAUAUUCGAAUACCUGAAAGUUUCGAAUAUUUGCAAGCCCUAAACAGUAUACACAGUACGUAUCGAGACUCGCUAGUUCUUAAGGGCCUGUGGUAAAGGGUUAAAGGUAGGUAGAAUGAUUUUAUAUUUAAGGUUUGUAAUUUAAUUGUAUUGUAAUUUAAUAACAUAAU